GGCAGGCCUGGGCGCAGCACUACGACAGCAGCGGCAGCGGCAGCAGCACGCCAAGGGCACCGCGAAGUGAAGGAAAGGGCGGGCACCGCGACACUGAAACCGUACGCAGCUCCACCGAGACCACCAUGCAGGGCCUGAUCGAGCCGGAGGACUACGUGCACGUCCUGGGGCCGAAGCACUCGGUGCUGGACGAGCUCCGCGCCGUGUGCCACACGACGGGCCAGGAGGACGCGUUCUACCUGUGCGACGUGGACGACAUCGUGCACAAGAUGCAGCUGUGGCGCCAGCUGCUGCCCCGCGUCCGGCCGCACUACGCCGUCAAGUGCAACGCCAGCCGCGUGGUGCUCAGCACGCUGGCCGCGCUGGGGGCGGGCUUCGACUGCGCCACCAAGGGCGAGAUCGAGGAGGUGCUGAGCCUGGGCGUGGACCCGAGCAGGAUCAUCUUCGCGCACCCCGCCAAGCCGGCCACCCACAUCCGGUACGCGGCGGGCUGCGGCGUCAACCUGGCCACGUUCGACAACGAGGAGGAGCUGUACAAGAUCCGCGCGCUGCACCCCAAGUGCAAGCUGGUGCUGCGCAUCCGCAGCGACGCCGAGGACGCCAUGGUGUGCCUGGGCGUCAAGUUCGGCUGCGACGCGGAGCGCGAGGCGCCGCGCCUGCUGCGGACGGCGCGCGACCUGGGCCUGCAGGUGGUGGGCGUCAGCUUCCACGUGGGGUCGGGCUGCCGCGAGCAGAAGGCCUACCGCGCCGCCAUCCGCGCCGCCAGGCUCGUGUUCGACGCGGCCGCCGGCCUGGGCAUCCGCACCAUGAAGUUGCUCGACGUGGGCGGCGGCUACCCCGGCGAGCCCGCCGACGAGCAGGUGUUCCUCCAGAUGGCGGACGCCAUCAACUCGGCCGUGGCCGAGUACUUCCCGUCCGCGGACGUGGACGUCAUCUCCGAGCCCGGGCUGUACUUCGUGGCGUCCGCCUUCAGGCUGGCCGCCAACGUGCACUCCAAGCGCGAGGUGCGCGGCGACGCCGGCGAGCUCAAGGGCGUCAUGUACUACAUCAACGACGGCGUCUACGGCUCCUUCUUCGACGUCAUCAACCGGCGCCGCUUCCGCGGGGAGCCGCUGGAGCCCCACGACGGCGCCGAGCUCGUCCCCAGCUCGGUGUGGGGCCCUACGUGCGACGGCAUCGACAAGGUGGAGGACGACGUGAAGCUGCCGCAGCUGGAGCUGGGCAGCUGGCUGGUGUACAACAACACGGGCGCCUACACUGUGGCCAUGGCGUGCACCUUCAACGGCGUGCCCGUGCCCAGGGUCCACUCCGUCGUCUCCACGGACACUUGGAUGCAGCUGAGAGACCGGGCGCCCUUCAGCGACGCGCACUUCGUGCCCAGCCUGGCGACGGGCCGCCGGCACACCAGCGCCUCGCUGGUCGACUCGCCGCGGAGGCUGGCCCUCCAGCUGCAGGUGCCAGUGCAGUACCAAGUCCAGUACCAGUCCGCGGACCCGCCCAUCCUGUGCAGGCGAGGCUCCAUCAUCGACCAGGCGGACCUCAGCCGGCCCAUCUUCUAGGGGCCCAGCGGCGACAGCUCUGCUCCGGUGGCGGAUCCACAGCCUGUCUGAGGCGGCACCAAGUAUUACUUCUUGCCUACUCUCAGGGGCAGAGUGUGGGCUUUGUGCCUACUUUCCAGGUGGCUAUCCAGAGGCCAAGGUUGUUCAAUUGUCCUUUUUCCCCUCUACUGGAUCCGCGCUUGCUUUAUGUUCUCUGCGCCGGCCGCAAGAACUGUAGGCCUGGUUUUUUUGUGAUCUCGUUUACUUUUGUUGUGAUUUUAUUUUAUAUUUUUAAAUAAAUGUUUAAAAGAAAAGCUGUCUA